AUGUCUUUAGGAGAUGAUAUCGCUGAAAGAUUCAGAGAAGCAGCAUGUGUUGGAGACUUGACUUUGUUAACUAAGUUAGAACUACAAGGAGUGGAUUUAAACAGCAAAAAUAGUAUGAAUGGGUGGACAGCCUUGCACUGGGCAUGCAAGAGGAACCAUGUUGCUGUUGUGAAGUACUUACUCGACAGAGGUGCGGACAGAAAUAUCAAGAACAAAGAUGGACACACUCCAGCACAGCUGACAUCAAAUGAAGAAAUCCGCAAUCUGUUAGGAGUGUCUUCUGAAUGUGAAGUGAAAACAACCCCCCUGCCAAUUUUGCCAAACUACCUGGCCAGCCCUGCGUUUCCUUAUAUAAGCAAUGACAGGGAUAACCAGUCACAUUUUCCAGUGAACAGCAUGUACUACAAGGCUUCAGGAGGUGACGGCAGAUCUGUUUACACACCCACGGUCUCCAGUAGCAUGUCUGAUGAAUUGGUGCUGAAAGCACGCCUAGCAAAUAGCGAUGAAAAAGACUUCAUUGAAAUAGAGCUUCCUCGCACUCAGCUACAUUUUGCUGGCCUGUUCAGUUUGAUGUGUGCUGAACUAGGUGUGGACAAAAGUCUUGUAGCAAAGAUUCGCAAGCUGCCGGACACUAUCAUCCGAAAGGAUAAAGAUGUAAAGAGGUUGACAGACUUCCAGGAGUUGGAAUUAGUGCUAACAAACAAAGCAGCCAGCGCAGCAUCACGUACCUAUUGUUUGGCUCCAGCAAGGAAUAAUGAGACUAUUUUAUAUUAA